CACUAGCAGCUGCUCAGAGUCAGAAGAUUCCUGCAGUGCAAUACUGAAGUACUGUAACACUUUUCUGUCUGCUAACCUGAGCUUUUUCAGCUGCCUGCCUACUACCUGUUGACCAAUCAGGGACCCGUCUGACCUCAAUCAUAAUGCUCACUGGGAAAGCUAUUCUUCUGUUCUCUUUGUUUGUUCUGCUUGCAAAAGGAGAUGUUGACACCAAUGGUAACUUUGCAUCUGAUCUAAUCAAGAAAUAAAAUGUAAGAAAUCCCUGUUUAAGCCACUUUGUGUUUAGUAACACUGUUUUAUGAUUAUAGAUGUGGGAAGUCAAGCCAUAUCAACAGAUAAAGAUUCAUUAUCGGAUGAAGGUCCAACAGAGAGCAUGAACCUUAUUUCUCCUGAACAGCCAGAUGAAUCCCAGUAUUAUGCAGGAGGGCCAUCAGACACCAGCAACACCAGUUCAGAGAAGGCAGAAACACAAGCAGCAGAUCAAGUUGUAGCUCCUGAGCCUGCUGCAGCCGCUCCUAGCAGUGCAGAGGAAGAGGAUGAAAAAGAAGGUAAUGAUUCUGAAGAAGGACCAAAGAAAAAGUCAAGCUCUCGUUCAGCAAAACCUCCAAGCCCCGCCCACACCAACCAGAGCCCCGCCCACAUCAUUCAGAUCCCUGCCCUACCACCUCAGCCCGUCGCGCCACAACCGAAAACUUUGCCCAGGACCAGGUCGUCCAAGAGACGAUCCAGGACCAACCGGCGCCAGAUAUAAGAAAGCAGAACAAACCUGUAAAAUACUCCUCCAACAUGUAACCGAUCCCUGCUCAGAAACAUGAUGUACUUUUUUGAACAAUGACACUAAAGAGGAAAAACAUUGGUGCUUGGAUUUAUGUUCACCUGUAGUCUUAUAAGUUAACUAUUAAUCUGACAUUCAGGAUGGUUUGAUUGGACAAACACAGACCUCAGUCAGAUGUUUCUGGUACAAAUAUGCUUCUAUCACAGCUGUAAAACAGUCAUGGAUAAACUUUAUAAGUCUAGUUUUUAACUGAUAUUUACUACAGAUUUGAAACACAGAGACUUUGUGACAUUUUAAAUUCAGCAUUAUGGUUUUUAAUCUCAGACGCUCUCUGGUCCCUUAUUUUUAUCUAAUAUGUAAGGAUUUCAGCCUCUGGACUCCAGCAACCUCAGAGUAUUACAUCUGCUCAGUUUAUUGCAUUUGUUUUAUCAUUCUUAUCCUUAUAUGCAUUUGUGAAAUACUUAAACAUGUGGCUUCCUUCUUUUGUUCUUGUAUCAAAUUUUAAAUAAACUUAAAA